CCAGAUCCUGCUCGUCGGUGUGCAGCUUGGCUGCAGUUCAGUGUGGCUUAGGCGAAAGGGCUUGUGGUGUGGAAGCUGAAGCCAGGGCGCGCGGAGGAGCCUCUUGCUUGAAAGCUGCGCGAGGAAACCCCCGCUUCUGCGUCGAAGCUGUAGGAGCGCGAGGUCCAAGGGACGCUUCAAGGAACUCCUGCAGAGCGAAUGUAGGCAGGGAGAGGAAGGAAGGAAGGAUGGUCAUUCGGGUGUUCAUCGCAUCUUCCUCGGGCUCCGUGGCGAUUAAGAAGAGACAGCAAGACAUUGUACGAUUUCUGGAAGCCAACAAGAUUGAGUUUGAAGAGGUGGAUAUCACCAUGUCAGAAGACCAAAGGCGCUGGAUGUAUAAGCAUAUUCCUCAAGACAAGCAGCCUGCACAAGGCAACCCAUUGCCACCUCAGAUUUUUAGUGAUGAUCAGUAUUGUGGAGAUUAUGAAUCAUUUUUUGAAGCCAAGGAAAGCAACACUGUCUUCACGUUUCUUGGGAUGAAGCCUAAUUUGGCAUCAAAGGAGUCAGAGCCUUAGAAAAAUCUGAGGAUUCAGCGAGCACAUUAUUUGAAUGAAUGAAGUCCUUGAUGUUCAGCAUACAACAGCUUCCCUAGUGGAUCACUGUGAUACAAGCCAAUAUGCACCAUCCAUAUUUUGCUUGACACUAAAAAGGUGAAUUAAGACAGUGGACACGCAAUGGGAUAAAUGGUGGUGGUGGUGGGGUUCUUCCUUCUUCGUAACAUACCUGAAGUUGAUGCUGGCAACUGUAACACUGAAGAUGGUAAACAUUUGGUCAGUCUUGAUGAAUGUUGUGUGUAUUGUCACAGAUUCAGAUAUAUAUUACACCCAGUGCUGUGAACUCCAGCAGAUAUACCCUACAGUUCUUUAACACAGUUAAAUAAAUGUUAAGCUGCGAACACUUCAGUCUUGAAAACCAAGCUUGUGUUGAAAUAUGUUUGCUGCUGAAGAUGUGGCCUGCACUCCCACUUAAAAGAAAAUCCAAAUCUUGUAGUACCAUCUGGUUAGUAUAUAGCAGUUAGUUAAGAAGCCAAAACUUUCCCUCAUACAAAUGUAACUUCAGAUCUGGUGACUUGGCUACAGGUUGCAGAGAUCUUUUCAUGGGGCCUAAGCCAGAGAGCUUGUUGGCAAGUGGAUUCUAAAAGGAGAAGUACAACAAAACCUACCUUAACUCUAGAUGGGACAUCCAGGUGUUUCGUCAAGUCAAGCUACAUUGCAUACUUUUGCCAAAAUUUAUAUUUUUAAGCUAUAGAUAGUAUUUCAUUUUCCAAGGAAUCAUAAUUGUAUUGUGUUGUUGUUUAUGAGAGUAAUUGUACAACAAGGGUCAAAAAUCUGUAGCAUGCUGUGUUGUCUGCUCACAUCCUGUGAAACCCAGAACUUUAAGCAGAUGAAUAGUUCUGUUGCCUUAAAGAUGAAGUGUAUGGGGAUAGGGGAUGUUCUUAAAGACAGAAUCAUUUUUUCUGCCUUCUCAAUAUGUCACUUAAAAUGGCUGUACUAGAUUAGGUUUGUGAUUUAGCAUACUCCCAGUGGGGAACCAUUUGCAGCUAUUCUUGCCUAUAGGGAUUGCAAAUUGUAGUCCAGCAGUAUGUAUGACAUGAAGCUAAAUGGCAGGGGGGAAAUGUAAAACAUUUUUAAACAUGAUGUGUUGAUAGGAUAUUUUAUCUGAUUUAGUCACAUUUGUCAUAUAGAAUUCCAGUAUCUUUUCAAAAUAGUAUCUAUUGAUCACCACAGUUUCUGUUCAAGACUCAUAAUCUUCUUAUCAAAGCAAUUAUACAAUUGUUGUUUUUCUCUGUGUUGGUCUAAAAACCCUGCUUUGGCCUAAAUUUAUGACAUAUCUUAUUUGAGCACCUUUUCAACCUUGCCAUUUGUUUUAAUGAAUUUUCUGUGUGCUGGAACAGUACUCAAAUACAACAGGUCCUUGCGACAUCCUAGCAUGCACUGAAACAUGGGAAGAACAAAAAUGUUGGGAGGUACAAAUAUGUGGUGGACUUCCAGCCUGCUGUUACUGCUGCCUGCUUUGUGGCAUUUGCAAUAGGAACAUCUAUUUGAGAACCUCAGUAGGAUUUCACUUUGAGGAUCAGCUUCCUUUGAAUUCUGCAUCACACAGAAUUUGUCCCUAGCAAGAACUGAUACAACAGUAGAUUUUCAAGUGCAUCAUUUUAAACAUAGAUGCUGGUGUGUCAUCAUAGUCAGUUAGAUGAGUAAGAAAUUUCUUGUGGCUAACUUUAAACCUAAUAAUCCAAAUUAAGCUUCUCACAGCUACCUUUAAACAGGACUAUCCAAAUUAAGUUUCUACUGUCUCAAAGUAAAAUGCAAGAGAAAGUUCAGAGAAAAUUGUGACCAAUCUAAGUCUCAUUAAUUUGGACUGGCACCAAAGACUUUAUACAGGGAAUUGUUGUGCAUACAAAUUCUUCAGUGUAGACACAGGGUUCCUCUAUCUGAGGAGGGUUUUUUUCUUAAUUUUGCUGACCUUUCUUUGUGCACAAUGGAGCAUGUAUGAGCCCAUGGCUCAAUGCAGUAGACUGGCUCAAAUUAUGAUAAUAAAAAUAGACAAUUAAAAAGAGAUAAAGAGAGGCCACUCUGGAUCAGUCAUUAAAGUAUAUAGUGAGAAAAAACCCGAGGCUCAAAACCAUAGCUACAUCCAGGGCUUUUUUUUUUUUAAACAGGAAUGCAGUUCCAGCUGGCUUGGAGUCGGGGUGUGUGGCCUAAUAUGCAAAUGAGUUUCUGCUGGGCUUUUUCUUUUUAAAAAGCCCUGUGCAAAACAAUGGUGACAUCAGGGGGGUGUGGCCUAAUAUGCAAAUGAGUUCCUGUUGGGCUAUUUCUACAAAAAAAGCCCUGGAUACAUCUGAAGAGAGUCUAUGAGUCUUAUUUAGUUGUUCAAAGCUCAGGAAAGAUUCAGAAGCAAUCUGUCGUAUAGUAAUGGUGUGGGAGUCUUUUUCCAAGGGAAAAAAAGCUUUAUCAAUUCACUGUGCUAUCUUUUCCACUGUGUGCAUGCAAGUCCUUAAAAGUAUGCUGAAAGUACACAUCUCUCAAUCACAGCCAAUUUUUAUUGUAAGUAACAUAUGACAGCAAACGUGGCUUCAUUUGGCAUAGCUUCAUGUCUGGGGUGGGAAAAUAUUUGUAAAUGACAGUAAUUGAAUUAAAAAUUAUCCAAGUUUCAUACGUAGAUCAGCUCUAUAAAUUUGUGGGUGAAUGUUACUUGAACAGUUUGGCUUUUGUUUUUAUAUUAAUUUUUUUCAAGUGCUUUCUUUCUUUGGAUUUUAUUUUCACUGUAUUACAAACUUGGGUCCUAACUGAGUAAUAAAAUAUCAAUUAAAAUGCAUCCUUUGUUCUUUUCAA